GUAAAACUUGAUGUUGGAGGUCACAUUUACACUACGUCCAUUUUGACCUUGACUCGAGAUCAAGAUUCAAUGUUAGCGGCCAUGUUUAGUGGGCGUCAUCCAAUCAAAACAGAGGCUGAUGGAACUGUGUUUAUUGAUAGAGAUGGAACCCAUUUCCGCUAUAUUUUAAAUUUUCUUCGCGACGGAGGAUUAAAUGCUGAAGCUUUACCUAGAAACAAACAGACAUUGCGUGAACUUAGAAACGAGGCUGUUUAUUUUCAGUUAAGUGGUCUGGCACAACAAGUAGAAAAAUUACUAGGUUGA